UAAUAAAAGUGAAAGUAAUAAAAGUGAAAGUAAUAAAAGUGAAAGUAAUAAAAGUGAAAGUAAUGAAAGUGAAAGUAAUGAAAGUGAAAGUAAUGAAAGUGAAAGUAAUGAAAGUGAAAGUAAUGAAAGUGAAAGUAAUGAAAGUUAUAGCAGUAAAAGUAAUAGUAAUAGAAGUAUAAGUAAUAAAAGUAUAAGUAACAAAACAGAUAGUGACAAAAUGUAUAGGAACAAAAAACAUAGCAACAAAAAGUAUAAGAACAAAAGAUAUAAGAGCAAAAGUAACAGUUCCUUAAGUAGUUGUGAUAAAAAGAAGAAAAAAGGAUAUGAGGAAUUCGAAGAAGAUGAUAAAAAUAAUGAGGAAACAUUAGAAAUUAACGAAGACUUAAUUGAAUAUGCAAAACAAAAGAUUUCUAAUGUUACAAUUGAAGAUAUAGGAAAAGCUGGUGGUGUUUAUAUUCCUCCAUUUAAGCUGGAAAGAUUAAAAGCUGAGGUUACAAAUAAGAAAAGUGUUUUAUAUCAAAAACAAGAAUGGAUGAAAUUAAAAAAGAAAAUAAAUAAUAUUGUAAAUAAAGUAAAUAUAGAUAAUAUAGGUGAAGUAUGUUAUGAAUUAUUUGAAUGUAAUUUAAUACGUGGAAAAGGAUUAUUUAGUCGUGCAUUAAUACAUGCACAAUUAAGUUCUCCAGCAUUUACAAAUGUAUUUACAUGUUUAUUAUGUAUAGUAAAUUCUAAAUUU